AUAACUUAUCAGGUGUGCUUAGAAACUCGGUGAAAGUCUAGCGUUUAAGUUUUAUGUAAAAUGUUGCAGGAAAAUUAAGUGUAAAAAUUUGUAUAUCAAAAUUUGGUUCGUUACGCACACAAAAACACACGCUCCUACCGCCAAGCAGUUCAACAGCAGUGCAAGCAGUGCAGAAGACACAAUAUACCCACCACAACAUCUUCGAGUCAGAGCAACAUGUCGCAACAUCAGCCAGUUAUUUCGGAGUCUGCCGCCCUUCGUUUGGUGAAUGGUUUUGCGGCCACCGGUAGUGCCACACCCCUCGCCGUUCAGCCGCCCACCGCGGCGCCAGCGGAAGUCAUCUGUUCGCCGGAAAUUGGUCAUCCUUCGGCUCAGCUGCCCAGUGGCACACCCACCGCUUCAAUGGCCGCGCUAGAAAUUUCAUCGGCGCGACAAAGGAUGUUGCCACCGAUCACCCGGCGACCUUCACAGGAGAGCGUCCAUUCGGCCAACGAGAAUGGCAACUCGUGCCGCAUUUGCCGCUGGAACCGCAACGACAUGGAGAUCAUCAAAUGUCCGUGCAAUUGCAAGGGCAGCGUGGGCUUCAUCCACCUGAAGUGCCUGAAGCGCUGGAUUAUGCACAGGCGGGAUAAUCGCUGCGAGAUCUGUAAUGCGACCUUUGACAUAUCGGAGGAGCGGGUAAGCCUGAAGCAGAUGAUGCGAACCUUCUGCUGCGGUCGCUGUUGUGGCCUGAUUGUGAAACACCUGCUGUUCAGCGCCUCACUGAUGCCACUGGCACACAUCAUUCUGCAGCAGGUUCUGCAGUGCAUGGACAAUCUGAACCAGGGCAGCACCGAGCAGCUUACCGUCCAGGAGGUGUUCGUCGCCUCCUGCGCCCUGCUCACCUCCAGCGCCCUGUUCUUUCACUUCUUCGAGUUCGUCACCACACGGUGCCUGCUCAUCCGGAACAUCCUGCGCCACUGGUGGAUGUUCGGCAGCACCUCCGACUUUUCUCUGGUGGAGAUCGACGACGAUUCCAUCGAUUUCAUUUGAUUGGGAGAGGAUCUUGUACUAAGACUGUCGCCAAAGGAGACGAUGAAGGGCGACGACAGCUGUAGGUUAUGCGCUACAUCUUAGGUGAUUUCAGCAAGAUCCAGUGAUAACGAAUUUCAAUAUUAAAUAAAGUAAAUUUCAAAA